GCUUCUAUCCUGCUAGCUUUGCACAAGAGGAAGUGUGUGACCGAACCACUGGUUACGGAACUAAGAGCUUAGCCAGAAUCAAAUAAAUAAAGGAUUAAUCUCGAAUUACCUCCCACGUAAUCUGGUAACUCUUUCCACGAUGUCUCGACAGUCCAACCGAACCACAGACAGCAAGAAAAUGAACUCUGAGCUGUUUACUUUGACCUAUGGGGCCCUGGUGACCCAGCUUUGUAAAGACUAUGAAAACGAUGAGGAAGUCAAUAAACAGCUGGACAAGAUGGGAUACAACAUCGGAGUGCGUCUGAUCGAGGACUUCUUGGCGCGCUCCACCAUCGGCAGGUGUCAGGAUUUCCGAGAAACUGCCGACAUCAUCGCGAAGGUUGCAUUUAAGAUGUACAUGGGAAUUACCCCCAGCGUGACCAACUGGAGUCCAGGAGGUGAUGAAUUUUCCCUCAUUCUGGAGAAUAACCCGCUGGCUGACUUCGUGGAGCUGCCCGACAACCACAGCUCCCUCAUUUACUCCAACCUACUGUGUGGGGUCCUCAGAGGAGCCCUGGAGAUGGUCCAGAUGGCAGUGGAUGUGAAGUUUGCCCAGGACAGUCUCAGAGGGGACAACGUCACAGAAAUCCGCAUGAAGUUUAUUAAGAGGAUUGAAGAAAACCUCCCGGCCGGAGAGGAGUGACGGGGAAAAAACAAAGACACUUUUAUUUAGUUUCGGUGUAUUUUUUUCAGUUGUGUGGCAUGUUUAUUAAUUUAUGUACAUCAUUUUGUCGAUUAAAUCAACAAUAAUCAAUGUAUGUUAUGUGAUCCUUUAAUCACUGGGACAUUUCCGAACUUGAUUUUUUUAAAUGGUUACAGCAGUGCUCCUAAAGCCAGACAUAUAGGUUUGAACUUUUUUUACAUUUUGUCAAAUUACAACACCUUUAUUUCAUGUAAUCUUUUUGGCUUUUCUGUGUACGACAGAGGGGACGCUAAGUCGUGAGUCCUUUUUAAAGUGAAAGGACGACGAUGAAUAAAGCUUUUCUAUUUAUACA